AUGGCCGUAUCCAAUCGUCCGCCCCGAAAUAGUUUUGUUACCUUCGCCCGGAAGAUCUACAACCCCAUCGGCUUCUCGAAGGGCUACAACUUCGUGCUCUGGUUCAUCUUUGGCGGCGCCUUGGUUGGCUUCAGCCUGGCUCGUCUUCAAUACUUGGACUUCUACGGCGUCUUUUGCUCGUCACACCCUUCAGGCAGCAGUGGUGCCGCGCCAGGGGAGUGUUUCUACUGGCUCCAGACACGCUACACCGUCGGCAUCAUCCUCCACCUCGCCUGUAUCCUCCCAGCAGCGCUCCUAGCUGUCGUCCAGUUCGUCCCCACCGUGCGGUACAAGGCUAUGAUGUUCCACCGUAUCAACGGCUAUGUCGUAAUCACCCUGGCCAUUGUGUCUACCGGUGCUGCUUUCUCAAUCGCCGAGAUCAGCUUCGGCGGCGGAUUGGACAUCCGGACUGCUGUGGGUGCCCUUGGCAUCGCCUUCAUCGGCGCGCUCGUCAUGGCCUACGUCAAUGUGAAGCGGUUGCAGAUCGAGCAGCACCGUGCCUGGAUGAUUAGAGCUUGGGUCUGGGCUGGCUGUAUCAUCACGACCCGCAUCAUCUUCAUCAUCGCAGUAUCCGUCCCCAAGGCCACCACGCUGUACUACGCCCUGCCUUGCGAUAAGCUAAACUGGCUGCUCGGGGACCAGAGCCGGACUCUGUCGUUGUACCCGGAGUGCCAGUCCUUCUUCUCGGGCGAGAACCCGUCUCAGCAUGCCUCGGUCAGGCAAUCCUUCACCAAUGCUCACAGCGUAGCCGAGGUCACGGCGGCGAUGAACGCAUCCUUCGGCAUGGCGAUAUGGUUGGCUUGGCUUAUCCACAUCUUCGGCGCCGAACUCUACCUUCACCUCACCCCUGUGGAAGCCGAGCGUCUGCGCCGGGUCUCGUACCAGCGCCAGCUCGAGGCUGGCAUGAGGCAGCCUGGGUCCGCGGGCCUGACUGCUGAUCGUCUUGGGGACUCGGAGAAGUGGAUGCCGCCUGCUCCCAUUGCGAUCGAGAGAAAGUCUUCGUCGUCACCCAGUACAUCGUAG